AUGCGUUUAUCCAAGCUUGAACGGGCUACUGAAGCCAGGAACGCCCUAAUAGCCGGCUACGAAGACCUGAGUGUGAAUCAGGUGAGCCGGAAGGUGGCCCAGGAGCUGCAACUCCGGCUCGAGACGAGCACCGUGUCCAUGUUGAGCAGCGCGGUCAUCCCGGAAGACCUCUGCGAGGCCAGAUCUGCAUCCACAGUCGCGGAGGAUUUCCUGCUGGCCAUCGACAUAGGAGGAACGACUCUCAAAAGCGCGAUUAUCUCGACUGUGGAUUUCCAGGUGACCGCACAAUGGGCAUACGACAUUCCACAUCGCAUCGUAGACAUAGCCUUUUUCAAUCGCAUCGUCCAAUGGGUAUGUGAGCGCGUGUUCAUGCAUGUGGGGAGAAGCCGGUACCGGUUUUUGCUUGGGAUCACCUUCAGCUUCCCUCUGAAUACCAAGAACGAGAUUACCACGAUGGGUAAGGGCUUUCAGAUGACGGAAGAGGUCCGCAACGUCAGCCUGCGGCAAAUUCUGGAGCAGAGCUUCGCACACAUCAUGGCCCACAACACCAAGUACCGUUUCCAGGUGUCUCUGGGCGGCAUCGUGAACGACACGGUCGCGGUGUUCUGGACCAACAAGAUGCUGCACGGCGGCGAUAACAUUGCGAUGAUCCUCGGCACCGGGAUCAACUUUUGCUUCGCAUUGCCCUUCGCCGCAGUGCCGCGCGCUAAGAUGCCCAUUGCGUGCUCGGAAGACGUGCGACUGCUGAUCAAUAGCGAGGCCGGGUUCCUGGGCGCAAACUUCCUGCCGCUGAGCCAAUUCGAUCAGCAUCAGGGUGAGCAGGCCGCGCCGUUCAUGCCGCUGGAGUACCUGACCGCGGGAAAAUGGAUCCCGCUGUCGCUAAGGAACGCGCUGGCGUACUGCGACAUCUCUUCGGUCCGCGACAUCGAGUUCACUGGUGAGCUCCUGGGCGCAAUUCUCGACGGACGCGCAAGCGACUUCUUCCGCGCAGAUGAGUUCCCUGCCGUGCAGGACCUGGCGCGCACCCUUGUCGACCGAGCUGCCUUCUGCCUGCACGCUACCAUCUACGGUAUCCACCGGUUUCGGCACGGGGACGACCCCACUGGCGCCAUAACCAUCAGUUUUGCCGGCUCGUUUCUCCGAUUCUGUACGUACUACUAUGAAAAGCUAAAGGAAGUCUCUGACGGGAAGAUCAAAUACACGUUUCUGCCCGACAGCAACCUCCUUGGUGCCUCCCUCUUCGCCGCGUACCAGGCCGCGAAAUCGGGGCGCGCCUAG